AUGUGUCUGCUGAGGAACUGGGACUUGUGUUGUGUGGGUCUGCAGCAGUUUCUAGAAGAGCAUAAGAAGAGUGUGAGGAGGAGAUGUGAACGUGUGACUGAAGGAAGUGAUGAAGCAGGAGGAGGAAGCCUCCUCAACAGGAUCUACACUGAGCUCCACAUCACAGAGGGACUCAGUGAGGAGCUUCAGAGGGAACCUGAGCUGCAGCAGCUGGAGACAGCUUCCAGGAAGGACAGCCUCCGUCACUCUGCCAUCAGGGUUCAGGACAUCUUCAAAGCCUCGGCCCAGCAGCACAGACACAUCCGAGUGGUUGUGACCAGCGGUGUGGCCGGCAGUGGAAAAACCUUCUUGGUGCGCAAGUUCAGUCUGGACUGGGCCGAGGGCCUGGAGAACCAGGAUGUGGGGGUGCUGGUGGUGCUCUCCUUCAGGGAGCUGAACCUGCUGGGAGAGCGGCCGUACAGUCUCCUCUCGCUGCUGGCUGUUUUCCAUCCCACGCUCCAGAAGCUGACGGCAGAGGAGCUGGCUGUCUGCAAGCUGCUCUUCAUCUUUGACGGUCUGGAUGAAAGCAGACUGUCUCUGGACUUCAGCAGCAGCCGGCGGCUGCUUGACAUCUCCCAGCAGUCUUCAGUCGGCGAGCUGCUCACUAACCUCAUCCGAGGGGAUCUGCUGCCCUCGGCUCGGGUCUGGAUCACUUCCCGACCGGCGGCGGCCCAUCAGAUCCCUCCAACAUGUGUGGACAGACUGACAGAAGUGCGAGGCUUCACUGACGCCCAGAAGGAGGAGUACUUCAGGAGGAGGCUGAGUGAUGAGGAGCUGAGCAGCAGGAUCAUCUCCCACAUCCAGACCUCCAGGAGCCUCCACAUCAUGUGUGGAAUCCCAGUCUUCUGCUGGAUCACUGCUACAGUUCUGGAGCACAUGUUGAGCAGCGAGCAGAGAGGAGAGCUGCCCCAGACCCUGACUGACAUGUACUCCCACUUUGUGCUGGUUCAGACACACAGGAAGAAGCUCAAGUACCAUGAAAGACCUGAGACGGGUCCACAGGAGCUGACGGAGGCUGACAGGGAGCUUCUUCUGAAGCUGGGCAGGAUGGCCUUGGAACAUCUGGACAGAGGAAACAUCCUGUUCUACCAAGAAGACCUGGAGCAGUGUGGUCUGGAUGUGACUGAGGCCUCGUUGAACUCUGGAAUCUGUACUCAGAUCUUCAGAAGAGAGUCUGUGAUCUUCCAGAAAGCCGUCUACAGCUUCGUCCAUCUGAGUGUUCAGGAGUUUCUGGCUGCAGUCUUCAUGUUCCACUGUUUCACCAACAGGAAGACAGAUGUCCUGAAGACCUUCAUCGAUAGGAGACAUCACUUUAAUGAUGAUGUUUUCACAUUUCCUGAUGUUUUCCUGAAGGUCGUCCUUCAGAAAUCCCUCAGCAGUCCGAACGGCCACCUGGACCUGUUUGUCCGCUUCCUUCAUGGCCUUUCUCUGGAAUCAAACCAGAGACUAUUAGAAGGUCUGCUGGGUCGGACAGAGAUCAGUCCAGAAACCAUCCAGAGAGUCAUCAAGAAACUAAAGGAAAUCAGCAGUAGAGAAAUGUCUCCUGACAGAAGCAUCAACAUCUUCCACUGUCUUAUGGAGAUGAAGGACCUCUCAGUCCAUCAGGACAUCCAAGAGUUCCUGAAGUCAGAGAACAGAUCAGAGAAGGGACUCUCUGAGAUCCACUGCUCAGCUCUGGCCUACAUGCUGCAGAUGUCAGACCAGGUCCUGGAGGAGUUGGACCUGAAGAAGUACAAGACAUCAUGGGAGGGACGACGGAGACUGAUCCCAGCUGUGAAGAACUGCAGGAAGGCUGAUCUUUCUCACUGUGGACUCUCUGAUUCCCACUGUGAAGUGAUCUCCUCAGCUCUGAGCUCUGAUCCCUCCCAUCUGAAACUUCUGGACCUGAGUUACAACAACCUGGAGGAAUCAUCAGUGAAGAUUCUGGGUGCUGGACUGAAGAGUCCAAACUGUGAACUGGAGACUCUGAGCUUGUGGGGCUGCAGUUUGUCAGAGAACAGCUGUUCUUCUCUGGCCUCAGCUCUGAAGUCCAACCCCUCCCUCCUGAAACAUCUGGAACAUCUGGACAUGAGUGAGAACCCUCUGCAGGAUUCAGGAGUUUCUCAGCUGUGUGGUUUUCUGCAGAGUCCACUCUGUGUUCUGCAGACUCUGAGGUUGAUGAGCUGCAGGUUGUCAAAGAUCAGCUGUUCUUCUCUGGCCUCAGCUCUGAAGUCCAACCCCUCCCUCCAGAAACAUCUGGAACAUCUGGUCCUGAGCGGGAACCCUCUGCAGGAUUCAGGAGUUGAGCAGCUGUGUGGUUUUCUGCAGAGUCCACUCUGUGGUCUGCAGACUCUGAGGUUGAGUCGCUGCAGUUUGUCAAAGAUCAGCUGUUCUUCUCUGGCCUCAGCUCUGAAGUCCAACCCCUCCCACCUGAAGGAGCUCUACCUGAAUUCCAACCAUCUGCAGGCUCCAGAUGUGCAGCAGCUGGUUGAUCUCCAGCAGAGUCCAGACUGCAGCCUGCAGACUCUGAGCUGGAAGAACGACUGAGAGCAGAGAGGAUGCUGUGAGUCCUGAAGAUCAAGUGCAUAUUCCCAACAAUCCUCCCUUUGAUAGGAUUUCAUCAUUUCACUCAAAAAAUUGAAUUUGUGUGAGUGUGUGUGUUGAUUUGUAUGCCAAGGAGGGUAAACCAGCCUCUCAUCAAUCCUCCAUGAUGUGGUACCGCCUCCUCUCUUUACAUUCCGAUCUCUGACAGGAUCUUUCACCAGUCCCAGAGUAUCUGCCACUGUGUGUCAGCUUGUUGAAAAUGCAGCUCAGAGCAGCAAGCGUUCUUCAUUGCAGUUUGUGUGUCUGCAUGUGUAUGAAAAGAAAAAAGGAAAGAAAAAAAAAACAAGUGUCCCUUCACUGAUUUGGACCCAUCCACCAACGUUCUGACGGAAAACUUUUCCUUCAGGAGCUCUAAA